UUUUCAAGUUAGAAGUUAGUAGAUUUAUGUUAUUAAUUUGAAUUUAAUAAUCAAUUAUUAUAAUAUAAUAACAUGAAGUGUCACCAUGAUACAUGUAACGAUGGUAUAAUGAUGCUCUCAAGUUAAUUAACGUAACUAAAAAUUUUGCAAGUGUUGAAAUUCUUUUUUAUUAUUAAAACAGACGCCAUGACGCUUUCAAUAUUUUUGGCCUAUAUAUUGAUUACUUUGCAAAACAUAUAUGUAGAUCGUGGUCAACGUUAAAAUAUUUAAUUGACUGAAAGUUAAGAAUGGUUAUUUUUAUAGUGUUUACUGCAAGUUAGUGUCAUUUUUUAUGAUAAAUUUUUUGUGAAUACCUAGAAUCAAGUUCAAAUACGUGUUUGUGAAUAUUCACGAGUAUCUAACGGAAUAUGAAAUUUUACGAUCAUGAAACAAGAAUAUAUUUGAUCAUUAUGAGUGUAUAAAGUGCUAUAGUGAUUUUUUAUGCAUCUAUUGUGUUAUUAAAAUAUCUAAGAGCGUGUAAUGUUGCUAAGAGUAAAAAAAUAUGGAUUAAUCAACUAAAAAGUAACUCAUCAGAAUGUGUUAGAAAGAUAUCAAUGCAUUAUUGGAAUGGCAGAAAAGAUACAGGAAGCAGCUGCACGUGGAGAUACAGCUAAAUUAUCUAGGCUUUUAGAUGAAGGUGCUAAACCUCUUCCUGAUGAGCAUGGUCGUAGUCCUUUAUUAAUUGCUGCAGCUUCUGGUCACGUAGAUGCCUGUAAAAUCCUCAUUCUUCACGGAGUUGACGUUAAUGGGACUGAUAAUACUGGAGUAACUCCAUUGCAAAAGGCUGCUGCAGAAGGUCAUUUAGAAGUAGUUGAACUUCUUUUACAACAUGGUGCUGAUGUUGCUCACCAGGAUAAUGUUCAUGGAAACUCGGCUCUUCACGAAGCCUGUUGGCGAGGAUUCAGCAGAACUGUGGCGGCAUUAGCGAAAGCCCUCGGGACACAUCGUGGUCCUUUGCACGCAAGGAAUUUUUCCGGAUUUGCACCGCUGCAUUUAGCAUGUCAAAAUGGCCAUAAUCAAAGUUGCCGAGAGCUACUUCUUGCCGGCUGUAAUCCUGACCUUCAAAAUAAUUGUGGCGACACUCCUCUUCAUACUUCCGCCAGAUAUGGUCAUGCAGGAGUUACAAGAAUUCUCAUAUCCGCUUUGUGCCGAGUUUCAGAUCAAAAUAAAAAUGGAGAUACUGCAUUACACAUUGCAUCAGCAAUGGGUCGAAGGAAGCUGACCCGAAUUUUAUUAGAAGCCGGAUGUGAUCGAAGUCUUCGCAAUAAACAAGGAGAAACAGCGAAAGAUAUAGCACGGCGUAAGAAUCUCUCUGAAAUCCUAGAAAUCAUAAAUAAAUCACGUUGUAAAAGUCGAUCACGAUCUAAAAAUCGUGAUGAUCAAGUGGAUGCCUUGAUAACACCCGAGUCUAACAGCAAAACUGGUAAGAAACGUGAAAAAACUAGUAGUGGAACAAGUGGAAGUAGAGAGGAAGGUUUAAAGAAAGACAAGAAGAAGCAGAAGAAUGGCAAAGAGCAUAAAGUUCAUUUUGAAAAAGGAAUAGGCGGUAGACAAUGGUCACCAUAUGGAUGUCAUUAUUAUCCAGAUCCUGAAUCUUUUCCUUCCCCAAAACUAGACUCUCUUCCACCUGAUCCAUUGGGACGUGGUGAACAGUAUUAUCUAGAUCUAGCAGGAAAUAUAAGAAAAGGUCCAGUAGGUGUUGGAUACACUUGCUAUUGUGCUCCGUUUUUCCGACAUAUGGAAGCCAAAUUAAAAAGAGAUAAAGCAGAACUUGAAGCUCAUAUUGAGCAAGCCCAUGAAAGAUUAGAUCUUAAAGUUGCAAAUCUUGAACGAAGAACACGAGGACAAAUAUCUGAGUUAACCAGAUGUGUUGCAGCAGAAAGAUCAAGGUGUGAAGAAAAACAUGCUCAAAUGAAACGUUGGUUAAAUCGAGGAGGUCAAGGAAGGCAUUCAGAACGUCCUUCUAGAUCGCAUUUAGUUGAGGACCAAGCUCCAACAAGAGCCAGAUCUCUCGAGGAUCUCUUAGAUGAUCGACCAAACGAUCGAAGUUUUGAAAUCCCUGGAGAAACAUCCGGACAUCGAGGUAGUCUGGAUAACUUGGACAUUCCCGCUAUUCCUCGACUUAGUAAAUCACUUAAAGAUCUGCCAGUCGACAACAGUAGUGCAAAAAUAAAGUUAAAAGUUAUCGAUUCUCCUAGAUUGAAUGAAACUUUUGAUGGCGUAAUGGGAAGAGAUAAAAAAUUAAAAGCUACUGCAUCUCCAAUUAGUUUGAAACAGAUAAAUCAGCACAAAGCAGUGAAUGAAGUAGAAUGCGAUGAUCGUGAUGGCAGUAAGAAGUCUAGUAAAGAUGCUACAAAUUCUUGGGAAGUAUCUCCAAGUCGGAGAAGUGUUCAUGAGAUGAUAAAACGGUUUCAACAAGUCCCUGGAAUGCAUAAUGGCUGGAGGGGACCACGUUCAGUGAGUAGUGAACCUACUAGUCCUGAUAAUAGUUCUUGCUUGCAGAAUCGAUUACAAACGCAAGGGCAAUCUAAUGGUUGGCAUGCUGAACGACAAGAUAAUGAAAGUGAGAGCAGUGAAGUCGAAGAAGAUGCAGAUACUACAAAAAAAAUCAAUGCAAAUGCUUUAAAGCACAUUGGAAUUCCUGAAGAUACAAAUUAUGAUUCAAUUGCAAAAAUGCCGUACCGUUCACGUAAUGGAGUUUAUAGUCCUACUCCACCUUUGCAUGAUGCACAUAAUGACUCCGGAUAUAGCACUCGAAUGUACGGAUCUAGCAAAGGAGCUUCGCCCUUAUUGUCAGGUCAAUUAGAUUGUGAUGUGAUUCUACAAUCUCGUGGAAAUUUUCCUAGUCGAGAACAAUUAGCUGCAUUGUUAGAGCAACCUCGAGGCCAUGAUUUAACAGUUUACGAACGAAGUGCUGAUAAUGUUGUCAUAAACAUCGGCACUGCAAGUCUUGUUUGAUAAAUGAUAUAUUAAAUAAAUAAAUGAAGACAAUCAAAAGCAUCUGGUUCUAACAUAUUUACUACAUCGUUGCAAUACAACCUAAAAUGUAUGAGUUGUUGCCAUACAUAAAAAUAAGUCAGUUAUUUAUUUUUUAUUAAUACAAUUAAUAAAAUAUAUACAUUAAAUUGAA